AUGACCCGCUUCUCGGCCAACGAGAAGGAACAAAUGAAGUCCGGGAACCGGACGGUGUAUGUGGCACUACCCAAGAACAUGAAAACCAGGCGUGCGGCAAAGAACGAUGCGCUGAAUAAACAUAUCACACCCGAAAGUAGGGAUCGGGCCCUAGAGGCACUGCGAGCCAAGAAGUUCCGCAUGGACUCAGAGGCAGUGUCCAUACUGGUAAUGCCGUUUGGGGUCCCGGACGAGGCCGCCAACACUGUGUGGACGACCCGUGGUGGAUACGGAGAUACAGCCGACAAGAUUGCGGGCGCCAUCCGAGCUCAGUUUAGCGCUGAGAAGGACGCUGAAGCGUUCUUUGGGAAAGUGACGGUCAAGCGGCCGGCUCCAUGGCUGCUCACACCGUCGCUCUCCAAAACACGCAAAAAGCGCAAAAUCUCCCAGCUCGACUUUUUGGCGUAUCGCUCGUCAUUUUCCAAAGCAAUCUUUGCCGAUAACUCGAUGAUUGCGCGUACAGACGGCUAUUUGGAAGCAAAUGGCGAAGUCUUCGCUAUCGUCGAGGUUUAA